ACUCCCCGCAAAGUCCCAGGCAAAAUGCCACGCCCCCUGCUCCUCUCUCCUCCUCCUCUUCCAUCAUCUUCCCUGACCAUUUCCAAGCACAGACGUAAACGGAAGCAGAAAAGCCCGAUCCUUUCCGUUAUUUUCUCCUUCUGGACUUCAGUUCGGACUUGCCCAUUUUCUCGAAGUGAAGUAAAACCAUCCAUCCAUGGCGAGGUGCUCGCUCAGAGCCGAUAACCUCUGCUUCGGCCCGCGCUGCCCCAGCGCCACCCGAAGCUCGUUCUUGCCCAGUUCGUUCGGAGCCCGGUGGUCGAGCCGCUUAGCUUCGAAGAGCGGUGCCAAAUUCAGGGUCUUUUCCAGCAUCAAGGAGAGGCAGGGCGUGAAAGAGAGCGAGAGGCCCAAGGGGGUCAACCCCGGAGGCGCAGGAGGACUUCGGGUGGAUGGGUUGGAGAAGGCUGAGGUAGUUUCCGGCUUCGAGGGCGCGUUGGGAGAGGAGAGGGAGGGAGGAGGGGAAGUGGGUUUUGAUUGGAGGUGGCCUCCGUGGAAGAAUUUGCCGCAAAGAUAUAAGCUCAUUGGCACUACUUCUCUGGCUUUCGUCAUUUGUAACAUGGAUAAGGUGAAUUUGAGUAUUGCUAUAAUUCCAAUGUCGCACCAGUUCGGAUGGAAUUCUUCGGUUGCCGGGUUGGUGCAGUCGUCGUUCUUCUGGGGGUACGCAUUGAGCCAGUUGCCAGGAGGUUGGCUUGCGAAGAUAUUCGGUGGACGUGAAGUUCUUAAGUUUGGGGUAUUGGUUUGGUCAUUGUCAACAGCACUUGUUCCUGUUCUUGCAGGGUUCAUGCCUGGAUUAGUCUUAUCUAGAAUUUUGGUUGGAAUUGGCGAAGGUGUUUCCCCAUCUGCGGCAACUGAUCUUAUUGCUAGGUCAAUACCAUUGGAAGAGCGCUCUCGAGCAGUAGCAUUUGUUUUCGGUGGUCUAAGUGUAGGCAGUGUUACAGGGCUUCUUUUGGCUCCUCCAUUGAUCCAAAACUUUGGUUGGGAAUCUGUUUUCUACAUUUUUGGUCUUUUGGGUAUAGGCUGGUUUGCAGGUUUUCAGCUAAUAAAAGAAGAGAGCGAAGGUUCAACUGCUUCCAGAUCAAUAUCACGGUCAGAGGAUAUCUCUACAAAUAAUUCAAUUACAUCUUCUCUAGGUGAUUUGGCUGGGAAUUUGAAGGAUGUGCCCUGGAAGGCAUUUUUUGAGAAUCAAGCGGUUCAGGCAAUGAUAUAUGUUCAUUUUUGUGGAAGUUGGGGACACUAUACCUGCCUCUCUUGGCUUCCUACGUAUUUUAGUGAGGAGCUGGAUCUAAAUUUGACAGAAGCUGCAUGGGUCUCAAUUCUUCCUCCACUGGCUUCCGUUUUCGUGAUUGGCGUUGCAUCACAAUUUGCGGACAAUUUAAUUGCCAAUGGAGUGGAAAUAACUAAGGUGCGAAAGAUUUGCCAAACAAUUGCCUUUUUAUCUCCAGCAGUUUGUAUGACCCUUUCAUCAAUAGAUCUAGGAUUGGCACCCUGGGAAGUUGUAGGAAUUCUCACCGGAGGAUUAGCACUCUCAAGCUUUGCCUUGUCAGGUCUUUACUGUACACAUCAAGAUAUGUCGCCGGAAUACGCAAGUAUACUAUUGGGUAUAACAAAUACUGUUGGGGCCGUACCGGGCAUCGUAGGGGUCGCCCUCACUGGUUACCUCCUUGAUUCAACUCACUCAUGGAGCUUGUCAUUAUUUGCUCCAUCAAUCUUCUUUUACCUGACCGGCACUGUUGUCUGGUUGGCUUUCGCAAGCAGUAAGCCGCAGAACUUUUCCAAGAGAGAUUGACAUUGUAUUCAAGAAAAGGUGUUCAUUACUUCAUUGCAAUUAGCCUCGGUUGGUUAACAAGAUAAUGAGCAAGAUCACAGUUUUCCUAUCCCCCAUUCGUUUUGUUGUUGGAGAUGGUAGGAAAUAUGAAAUUAGUCUAGCGAUACAUGAUACAGCAUUGCCUUCCUCGGCAGCGUCCUGACGACGUUAAUUCCAGCAGCCGUGCGAUCCUUCAAUGGGAGUGUCGACAUACGUAGCGGUGCUGCGUAUUUCGACUUUAGACCUUGUGUAUAUUCGAAAUGAUGUGGCCUGUAUGUGUUAUGAGUAAUGCUACUGAAAAUUAAAGCAUUCUCCCCCACAUCAAUGUCUAGGGAAAGUCGCAGACAUUCGGGAGACAGGAAUCUACAAUUUGUGUUUACUUCAAUUCUGUGUGUCAAUAUCUGUGUAACACUUUCGACAAAAAAAAAA